AUGCUUCCUCUAAUUGCACAUUCAGCACAGCCAGCUUCUUAUGUCUUCACUCAAUUUGAAACACCUCCCGAGCUGACCGGAAAUAAGAUUCGUUUCCACGGUCCCCUUGGCAAUGCUAUUGUCAAGGGACCGCCAUAUGCUGUAAAAGUGGCCUCCACCACCAGUAUUAGCUCAACUGCUCAAGCCACCAAAUUAAGAGGUUCCUCCGACCAUACCUCAAAUCACUUUCUCCCAAUUUAA